CAUUCCACUCCUAUCUUCACUCCUACUUCUUCACAACCGCGCAACCGCUUUGUCGAGUAGUUCGUCGGUCUCAGUCACUUCUUCAAAGCACUACACCCUCUUCUUGUGCAAACAUGGCACCUCACGCCAAUGACUCGGAGGGCUUCUCCGCCAACAACCCAACGGCAACAACACAGCGUGCCAAUGUGAACGACUUCAGUGUCGAAGCACCCCAUGUCCAGUACUCCAAUGAAGAUAUUCUCAGCAAGUACCAUUACCGCACAACCGAGGUUCGGCGCGUGAAUGGGAAGUAUGUCGCCAAGCCCAAGCAGACCAACUACGACUUCAAGACCAAGAGCCAUGUCGGAAAGGUCGGUGUCAUGCUCGUCGGACUUGGUGGCAACAAUGGCACCACCGUCACUGCUGGCAUCAUCGCCAAUCGCCGCAAGCUCACAUGGGAGACGCGUGAGGGCCCGCGCGCUGCAAACUACUACGGCUCAGUUGUCAUGUCUUCUACAGUCAAACUUGGCACUGAUGCUGAGAGUGGUGAGGAUGUCAACAUUCCUCUUCAAAGCAUGCUUCCCAUGGUGCAUCCUGAUGACCUGGUCGUCGGCGGUUGGGAUAUCAGUGGUAUGGAUCUUGCCUCUGCGAUGGACCGCGCACAAGUUCUAGAGCCGACUUUGAAGCAACUGGUGAAGAAAGAGAUGGCCGGCAUGAAGCCGCUGCCAAGUAUAUACUACCCAGACUUCAUCGCUUCAAACCAAGGCGACCGAGCAGACAAUGUCAUUCCGGGAUCCAAAGCAUGCUUGGAGCAUGUUGAGCACAUUCGUGCUGAUAUUCGCAACUUCAAAUCCUCCAACAGCCUCGACAAGGUCAUCAUUCUAUGGACGGCAAACACCGAGCGUUACGCUGAGGUGAUCCCAGGCGUCAACGACACCGCAGACAACUUGAUGGCUUCCAUUGAGGCUGGGCACGAAGAAGUAUCACCAUCUACUGUCUUUGCAGUUGCAAGUAUCCUGGAGAAUGCGCCUUUCGUCAACGGAUCGCCGCAAAAUACUUUUGUCCCUGGCUGUAUCCAGCUUGCGGAGAAGCACAAUGCCUUCAUUGGGGGCGACGAUUUCAAAUCCGGCCAGACCAAGAUGAAGUCUGCGCUCGUAGAUUUCCUCAUCAACGCGGGCAUCAAGCUCACCUCUAUUGCAAGCUACAACCAUCUCGGCAACAACGAUGGCAAGAACCUCUCCUCGCAGAAGCAAUUUCGAUCAAAGGAGAUUUCCAAGUCCAAUGUCGUCGACGAUAUGGUGGCAGCCAACAACGUGCUAUACGAAAAGGACGAGCAUCCAGAUCACACUGUUGUCAUCAAGUACAUGCCUGCAGUUGGCGACAACAAGCGUGCGCUCGAUGAGUACUAUGCCGAGAUCUUUAUGGGCGGCCAUCAAACAAUCAGCAUAUUCAACGUCUGCGAGGACUCGCUGCUCGCCUCACCGCUGAUCAUCGACUUGGUCAUACUCACAGAACUCUUCACGCGCAUCCAAUGGCGACACGAUGGCGAGCAGGAUUACAAGAGCUUCCACAGCGUCCUCAGUGUACUGAGCUACAUGCUCAAGGCACCUUUGACGCCACCUGGUACACCGGUAGUCAACGCUCUCGGAAAGCAGCGAAGCGCUUUGAUCAACAUUCUUAAAGCAUGUGUGGGUUUGGAACCGGAGAAUGACAUGACACUUGAGCACAAACUCGAUUGUUAGUGGCUUGUACUGCUUCCUAUGCCGUGUCACUGGGAGGAAUGAGAAUUCGAUAUUGCAACGCCGAACCUGAUAUUGCAGCGUCCAACAUAGCAUAGAUUAUUUAGAAUAGAAUAGUGCAGCAACAUUUAUCCAAGCAGAAGGAAUUCCAUGUCCUGUCGAG